UUGUGAAUUAAGACACAAGUUUAAUUUUAGAUAUACUAACAAAGAAGGUCACGCAUUAUCAGCAUACCCAUUGCUGUACACACAUGCUUGCUGUGUAUCUAUUUGUACUUUCGCUUUCUCUUUGUUCCUUGGCAAGUGGUAUCAUAACAGGCGCAUUUGUUGUUCCACAUGGUGGUAUAGCACUUGCUCCCGACAGUUUCAAUACUACAAACACUACCGCAAAAGAGCAAGCAUGGAUACUACAUGAAAACUUUAAGCUCUUAGGACAGCACAUAGACGGUUUAAAUCCCGAGAUAAUAUUUUUGAGUACCCCACAUGGAGUGGCAGAUUCAGAAAGGUUCGGCCUGUAUUUGAAUUCAUUUGGACAAGGGGAUGCAGAUACUGAUAAUAUCCAUUGCCCACCUAAUUGCUUUAACGUAUCAGUGAAAUUUGCUUAUGUUAUAACGAAAGACAGUAAAAAAUAUAAGAAUAACUUAAACGUGACUGGACUUAGUGCAUUUGGGCCACCAGGAGGAACAGAUCAGUAUUUCCCACUUAGGUAAAAUAUGGAUUUAUUGGUAACUGAAGUGAUCCCACUGUCCUUUAUAACAAAUUUAUCAAAGGUCCAAGUUAUCACUGUGAGUCAACCUAGUCGCAGAUAUACAGAAUCGGUAGCCAUGAUACCAGAACUUUUAGAACUUGGUUGUCACCUGUACACUUAUCUCCAUGACUUGGAAGAGACUGUGGUUGUGAUAAUAAGUGCUGAUCUUGCCCAUACUCAUCAGAAAAGUGGACCAUAUGGCUACUCUGAUGCUGCUGAACCGAUUGAUCAGGCAUGUGGACAUUGGGCGGAGACUAUGGACAGUACAAGCCUACUGACCACAGCAGCCAAAUAUGUGGACAAAGCCCUGUCAUGUGGAUACACUGGGAUGGUUAUGCUUCAUGGAAUGUUGGAAGCUGGUCAACUGUCGUCAUGGAUACCAAGAUUGUAUGCAAAUUUCCAUCCGAGUUACUAUGGAAUGCUGCUAGCAUCUUUCUUGCCUCAAUAAGUAAAAAGAAAACUAACUCUUUACCUUAUCCUUCUGAAAAUUUUCCGGCAAGACUUAUUUCCACUCUGUAUGUUUUUUAACAUGAUUUUUUUUAUGAAAUGUUAUUCUGAACUUUGAAUAAUACAAAAUAAUGCAUUUGUGAAAUAUGCAGUUUUAAUUCAUGAUAGUGCAUAGAGUUACCUAACUUGUUUAUACUUGUUUACAAAUAGGAACUUUAAUACAUGUGUAAGUGUGUUAUACUUGUAGGUCAUUUAUUAAGGAAUACAAUUUAAAACACCUCACUUUUCAACCCUGACUGAUGGAAAAUUAAAGAUGGCUGUGUAUAUAAAUUUGAUUAAAAUGAAGCUGCUAGAGCACUGAAAAGGAUUUUCAAAAAUAGAGAUUGUGACAUUGACCCUACAAACAUGGUAUUUUGAUUCUUUGAGAUAUUAAUGUAUCAUAAGUGUUUUAUCAAAAUACCUCAAGGAAUGUUUUUAUAAAAUCCUGUCAGCAUUCAUUCUAGUAGCUUUAUAUGAAAUUUUUCUGCAUGACCUAUUUCCACAUUAUAUGUUUGUUUUCCAUUUUGAAAAUAAUCAACAAAAUUAUAAAAUCUGCUCAUAACAUGUUUUUAUUUUUUAUUGAAUUUUCAUAUGAAGCCUCUAAAAUGAAUCAGCUGACAGGAUUUUAUAAAAAACAGUUAUGGUGACCUGAUGAUGCUAAGUAACAACCCUGGAAUUCAAGAUCGUGUGGCAGUUCCAGUUAUUCUGUCAGAACACGUAAUCUUGUAAAUAAUGUGUUUGAACAUUAAAUAAAUAUUGGAACAGAAUUCCUUCAGGUUAUUCCUGUAAGGCGAUGGUGUAUGCUACCUUAAUGUUUGUGAACAGGUGAGCUAAUUAAUUAUAUUCAUAUAUUGACAUGUGACUGACUAUAGCGAAGUUGAUUGGACGAGACUAACAUGAAGUUCUGGCUUUUCGCCUCACUCUGAAUUCUUGAUUUUCACCUGACUCUAAAUUCUAGUCACUUCCACACCUGGCACUCUUAGAGUUGCACCUCUUAUUGUAAAGGUGUAUGUUUAGGCUGCAUUUGGUGGUAAGUUAUGUUUUUAUACUAGUUUUGGUAAAUUAUCGUGCCUUAAACUUUCUUACAUUUAGUGUAGACUCAUUCUGUAUAAUGUUCAAAUAAUAGUUUAAAUAUAAAAGUUAUAAUUAUAACAGUCUUAAAUCAUUAACUUUUGUAACUGGCA